CCAUUUGGGAUUGAGAGGGAGAGAGCGUUAAAAAAAAAUGCCGGACAAGUGAAGGCUUUCUUUUGGUCUGUCCUUUUACCGAUUCUCCCUGCGGCCAAAUCCGCUGUGAAAUAUUCAAGCCUUCCAACAUCCCUGGCUGUAUAGUCCCUGUGAGUGACCUGCAGAUAGCCCGUAGGCACCAAUCAAGCGUAGAGAGAAGGAGCAUUGAAGCAAUGAAUGGACCACGGCUUCAUAAGCACGAUUCCCACAGCCAUGUUCUAUACAUGCAACGUGAAGCUGUUAUGUCCCCGGACUCCUACCCGGCCGUGCAACCACCAGUCUACUACCUCACCAGUCACCGCAAGGGGCCAGUGCCUGCCUCGUUUACCAUCCUCGGGAGAACACACCAAUCCUUCCAACAUCCUGUUCCUUUCCUUUAAGGCACGUCCAACCUGUCUAGUUUUCGGGAACAAAAUCAAAAGGAACUUUGAGAGAAAAUAUUCGUCACCAACCAACCCUUUACCUCCGGACUGUAAGCCUAUACACUUUAAUAUAAGCAACAACUGCAGUGUGUGUAUUGUUGUUUGCCGUAAGAAAAGGAACAGGCAUACCCUGAGGCAACUUUUGUAAUUAUGUCACAUCUCGCGAGGUUUGAAUAGCGCGUGAUGCCCGCCAGCACUUUUGGUUGCCAUCGGCGCACUAUUUUCAUCGUCGCCAUCGUUCCACAAGCCUCACACGGCAGUUUUUGCACCGAUUUCCUCCAGUUUACCAUGGUUUUUGGAGCUUGAGUACGCUAAAACGUGGAUCCAACUAAAGGUGUGUACAUGCCGACCAUUUCUCCCACCGCGAUGUCAUCCCUGUCUCCGACCCCUUCAGGAUCGGGUACGCCCCCGCCGGGUCACAGCCAUGGCUUACCCCGUGUUGCUCCAAACAGUCGCUUUAAUGCUCCAGUUCACAUCGAUGUUGGUGGCCAGAUCUACACCUCAUCUCUGGAGACCCUGACACAUUAUCCCGAAUCCAAACUCGGGAAGCUGUUCAAUGGUUCGAUUCCCAUCGUCUUGGACAGCUUGAAGCAGCAUUACUUCAUUGACAGGGAUGGACAUCUCUUCCGUUACAUCCUCAACUUCAUGCGAACCUCUCGCCUCAUGCUCCCAGACAACUUCACCGAGAUGGAAGCACUUUAUGAAGAAGCUCGCUUCUAUGAAAUCACAGACAUGGUAGAGGCAAUAGAGAAUUACAAGAUGUCUACUACUAAGCCAAGAGAGAAGAUCAUUAAGACCGAGAAUGGGUUGGGUAAUGAGUGUAUCAUCGUUCACACUACUCCUGAUUGUGGUGAGAGAAUAAGCUUGAGUGGUGAUAAAGUCCUCAUCCAUGAGAUCUUCCCAGAGGUUGGUAGUGUCAUGUGUAACUCAACAAGCGCUGGUUGGACACAAGAAUCCAACCAUGUUAUCCGAUUCCCUCUGAAUGGGUUCUGUAAGCUGAAUACAGUACAAGUUCUUCAGCGUCUGCUUCAUUGCAACUUCAUCGUUAUCGCUUCGAGUGGAGGAGGUAUCGAAGGCUCUCAGUUCAGUGAAUACGUCAUGUGCAGGAAGUUUCCCGGAUGCUAAAGAGGAUUAAAACAUUUGGACAGGUGAUAUGGUUUGGGUAUCUAUAAUGGAGGCCGUUUCGUUUAAAUCCCUCUUGCUUUCUUUAAUGUUACCAGUUAAACAGAUGUACGUGUUCAUUUUUCAGACUUCUCCGUUGUGGUGUCUCUACAUAUUUUAACGUAAAUUAGUCCAACCAAAAAAAAAGGUCAUUGUUGAAAGGAUUGUUAAAUAGACUACAAUGGGACCAUACUUUGGUGCAGGACAUGGUUCACGCGUAUGAAAGGUCAUGCAAUGAUGCAGUACCCUUUGCUAGGGUAAAAUGGCAUUGAUGUAUUUUUUUUUGUGGGGGGGGGGGGGGGGCUUCACAUUUCUCAUCCCUCUAGCCUCAGGCGACAACAACUUUGGUAUUUUCAAAAUCAUUAUUCGUUAUUUUAGUGUGAAUUUCAGUGGGUGGGGAACACUAAUUUUUAAAAUAGCAGCAGCUUUGCUAAAAUAGUUCCAUGACAUUAUUUAAAGUUAAUUUUACCGUUAAUAUAGUCAGAGUACUUAUAGCCAUUACACACUUCGGAACAGGAAAACAAAAUAAAAGUUCACAGAUUUACAAAUAACUUACAGGGCUUACAGAAGGUAAUGGCGAAUAUUAAU